GUUUAGUCUAAACUACCCUGUCAGUCUCCUCACAGCAGUGCCAAGUCCUCUGCUACUUCACAGAGCGAGAGAGAGCGAGAGAGAGAGAGACAGAGUUAACUGUCACAAUGACAAACCAUGCUACUAACAUGCGGGUGAGACUGCCUGUGAUGUGUAUUGUGUUGGAGAUCAUCCUCAUCAUCCUCUUUGGUGUCCUUGUGGAGUAUAAUGUUAAUACUGAUGCCAAGCAGUGGGCUGCAGGCAACAAGGAGAACAAAUCUGAAUACAACCUGGGGAACAACUUCUACACCCGCUAUCCCAGUUUCCAGGAUGUACAUGUGAUGAUUUUCAUUGGUUUUGGGUUCUUGAUGACAUUCCUGCAGCGAUAUGGCUUUAGCAGUGUUGGCUUCAACUUCCUCAUUGCAGCCUUUGCUCUGCAAUGGGCAACACUCAUGCAGGGCUUCUUCCAUGGUUUGCACCAUGGGAAGAUCCAUGUUGAUGUGUUAAGCAUGAUCAACGCAGACUUCUGCACUGGCUCAGUCCUGAUUUCAUUUGGGGCUUUGUUGGGCAAGACAAGCCCAGUCCAGUUGCUGGUAAUGGCCAUAUUUGAGGUUACACUGUUUGCUGUAAAUGAGUUCAUUCUUCUCGAAGUUCUUCAUGCAAAAGAUGCUGGAGGAUCCAUGACCAUCCAUACUUUUGGAGCAUACUUUGGACUUGUGGUGACACGUGUGCUGUAUAGGCCCAACCUGGAAAAGAGCAAGCAAAAGGAGAGCUCUGUGUACCAUUCUGACCUCUUUGCCAUGUUUGGAACCAUCUACCUGUGGAUGUUCUGGCCCAGCUUCAACUCAGCCAUCACUACUGAGGGAGACAGCCAGCAUCGCACUGCCCUGAACACAUACUACUCACUGGCUGCUUGCACCCUUUCCACAUAUGCUUUCUCUGCUCUUGUCAACCCCGAAGGAAAACUUGACAUGGUGCACAUUCAGAAUGCUGCAUUGGCAGGUGGUGUUGCUAUGGGAACUGCUGGUGAAAUGAUGCUGACUCCAUUUGGUUCCAUGAUCGUGGGAUUCCUUGCUGGAAUAAUCUCAGUGCUGGGGUACAAGUAUCUCUCACCUAUUUUGGAUUCAAAGCUAAAGAUUCAAGAUACGUGUGGUGUUCAUAACCUACAUGGGAUGCCUGGAGUCCUGGGAGCCAUUGUUGGUGCAAUCACUGCUGCAACAGCAAGCCCUUUAGUAUAUGGCAACGGAAUGAAAGAUGUGUUUCCUAAGAUCCACAGUCAGGAGUUCACUGCAUCCUAUCAGGGUGUAAUGCAAAUCGUCUCACUGUUUGUCACUCUGGGUAUAGCCCUUGGUGGUGGGCUUAUUGUUGGAUUCAUUUUAAAACUGCCUAUUUUUGGAACCCCACCUGACAAUCUCUGCUUUGAGGAUGCAGUCUUUUGGGAGGUGCCAGGAGAAGAGGAGGGUCAUAAUGAACUGACUACUGUGAAAUCAGCUGAUGAGUCAGAGAAACUCAAUGGUUAAAUUACAUGUAUGCUUUUGUGAGUGAGUGCUUGUGUGAAUACAUCUGUGUAUGCCUAUACUUAUGUAGUGACUUGCCUGCCAAACAUACAGGAUAUGCACUCAAAGCUGAGUAUCAUUCGAAUAUUAUCUGUGGCCAACUCAAGAAAUAUGAUUUUAUAUCGACUUUUGCAUUCUGAAUGUUGUGCAAAUGUGUGUGGUUUCAACAAUUUUGUCAAGUUGGAAGAAUUUAACUUUAUUUAGUUUAAUGAGUAUAUAAUUCAUUUAAAAAUGUAGACAUAUAUGUGCUUUGCUGUAAAAACUGACCUUUGACAAAUUAAAAAAAAAAAACUACCCAAA